AUGAAUUCCAAUCAAGAAGACACUGGUAUUACAAAUACAUCUAUAAAUACUGAAUCACAACAACUAGAACAACAUCAACAAACACAUGUUAAUAUUGAUAAAGUUGUAAAGAACAAUAACAACCAUAAUGAUGAAAGAGAAUGUUAUUGUCCAUUCUGUGUUGGAUGUACUGGAUGUGUUGGAAACAUCAAUCAAGCAGAGAGAUUGAGAAAGAAGGAUGCUGAGAUGAGAGAACAGAGUCGUAAAUUCCAAGAGCUUACCCAAGAAUUAAUCAGACUUCGUAACAAGGAAACCAAGAUUUUUAUCCCUUGCACAAUACUC